AUUCCCUAGAGAUGAAAGGAGUCUUUGGCAGCGUGUUCCAAGUGUUGCUAAGCGUCCUGACUAGACAGGGGUUUUUUUGGAUAGUAACUGGACAAGCACUUAGGCAAGAAUGGGAAUACAAGUAUGCCUUUGUAUCAAAUGUCCUUACAGGGUAUUCAGGAGGUAAGGAUUGUUGUUCUGUCACCACAGAACACCUGUGUUUAUUACCUAUCACCCAGUUUUAGUCCUCUAACAAGGAAUGGAAAGAAAAAGCAUGUGAUGCCUGUGCACUGUUUAAAUGACAAAGCUUUAAUUUUUGCUCUUGUGGAUUUUUUUCCUGUUCAUGGUUUCUGAAAUUUUAACUGAAUAAUACCAAAGACAUAGCUGAAAUACCUUUCCUAAUACAGUAAUUGUUUUGCUGUUUCUAUUCCUGAAAUAAUAAAAUAUGUAUAAGUGCUGUAGGACUUUUCUUUUCAACCAUACAUAAUGCAUUUCUUUCAUCUGUAGUAUGAAGAAAACCAUUAAUUCUUGACAGUGGACACUCAGCUUCCAUGUACCUUAUUUGGAAUUGAUGGUUAAACAUGUUUUUUUUCUGAAUACUACAAACAUGAAGUGCUUGCUUGAAGUUGCCAUGAAGUUUGGAGUUGGUCUUGUAAGGGUUCGUAGGGAGAAGCCUCUGUAGUGAAGGGGUCCCAGGCCAAGGCUCUGUUUCUGCGUCAGCUCCAAAUUAGGGUUUAGUGGUCAUCAUCCAAAUGGUGCUGGAUUGUCCUGUACUUAAUUCAGUGCACAGUAAUUCAGCUGUCUCUCAUGAAGAAAACAGAAGUAUUAUUUGAAGGGAGUAGGGACCCACCCAACAGUUGAAUCAGCUUCAACUCCAGUUAAAAGAGUGGCUGCUACCGACCUAAAGUCAAAUGGGCAGUAUGGGUGGGAGUGGCCAGGUCAAGGGCCAAUAGAGGAAAAGUACAUUAAACCAAAGAGAAACUGCCAUGCUGUUACUCAGUCAUAGAGUGGUUUGGGUUGAAAGGGGCCUUAGAGAUCACCCAGUUCAAAUGCACCCUGCCAGGGGCCAGGGCACCUUCCGCUAGAUCAGAUUGCUAAUGGUCUCAUCCAAUCUGGCCUUGAAGAUGUCUAGGGAUGGGGUAUCCAUAUCUUCCAUGGACAGCCCGUUCCAGUGCUUCACUACCCGUGCAGUAAAAAAUGUAUUUCUACUAUAUAAUCUAAGUCUCCCCUCUUUCAGCUUAAAGCCAAUACCCCUUGUCCUGUCACUACACUCCCUGAUAAAGAACCCCUCCCCAGCUUUCCCAUAGGCCCCCUUGAGGUACUGGGAUGCCACUAUAAGGUCUUGCCUGGAGCUUUCUCUUAUCUAGGCUGAAUAAUUCCAACUUUCUCAGCCUGUGCUUAUAGCAGAGGUGCUCCAGCCCUCUGAUCAUCUUCCUGGCCCUCAUCUGGAGUUGCUCUAACAGAUCAAUGUCCUUCCUGUACUGAAGACUCCAGUACUAAAUGCUGUACUCCAGGUGAGGUCUCAUGAGAGUGGAGUAGAGAGGCAAAAUUCCCUCCCUUGCCAGCUGGUCACACCUCCUUUGAUGGAGCCCAGGAUGCAAUUGGCUUUGUGGGUUGCAAGUGCACAUUGCAUGUUCAUAGAACCAUAGAAUGGUUUGGGCUGGGAGGGACCUUAAAGCCCAUCCAGCUCCAAACUUGCUGUGAUGGGUGGGUGCACCUCCCACCAGACCAGGCUGCUCGAGGCCCCAUCCAACCUGGCCUUGAACACUUCCAGGGAUGGGGCAUCCACAGCUUCCCUGGGCAACCUGUGCCAGUGCCUCACCACCCGAAUCUAAUCUAAAUCUUUCCCCCUUCCAAUUUAAAGCUAUUCCACUUCCUCCUAUCCCUCCAUGCCCUAGUAAAAAGUCCCUCCCCCACUUACCUGUAGCCCCUUCAGGUACUAAAGACUGCAAUAAGGUUUCCUUGGAGCCUUCUCUUCUCCAGGUUGAAAAACCCCGACUCUCAGCCUGUCCUCCUACAGGAGGUGCUCCAGCCCUCAAAUCACCUUUGUGGCCUUCCUCUGGACUUGUUCCAAUGGAUGCAUGUCCUUCCUGUGUUGAGGACUCCAGAACUUAACACAGUACUCCAGGUGGGGUCUCACAAAAGUGGAGUAGAGGGGCAGAAUCACUUCCCUCACCCUGCUGGCCAUGCUUCUUUUGGUGCAGUCCAGGAUACGGUUGGCUUUCUGGGCUACACACGCACAUUGCUGUCUCAUGUUGAGCUUCUCAUCGCAUUAGAAAAGCAAAGAUAACCACGACCUAAGUGUUGAGCGGAACUGAGCAGCGCCAUGGGGAAAUGGAGACAACGCUUGCCGCGGCAGCCCCGGCUAUAACCAUGGAGAACCUGAGUAAUGCCAACAGCAGAUUUGCACUUGAUCUGCUUAGAAGGUUUAAUGAGACCAACCCAACUGGAAAUGUUUUCUUCUCUCCUGUCAGUGUCUCUGCUGCUAUGGCCAUGGUCCUCUUAGGGGCCAAAGGUAAUACAGAGAUCCAGGUGCUGAAGACGCUUCAUUUUGACAAAGUUGAAAAUAUUCAUUCAAGGUUUCAGACUCUGACUAUGGAUAUGAACAGAAGCAGUGCUCCCUAUCUCUUACGCCUUGCCAAUCGGCUUUUUGGAGAGAAGUCCUACAGCUUUUUGCCGGAUUUCCUGAAUAAUACUCAGAAAUUAUAUGGUGCUGAUUUGGCUACAGUCGAUUUUCUUCAAGCUUACGAUGAAGCCAGGAAAGAAAUUAACCAGUGGGUAGAGGAGAAAACUGAAGGCAAAAUCCCUAAUCUGCUGUCUGAAGGCUCAAUUGAUAACACGACCAAGCUUGUACUGGUGAAUGCUAUUUAUUUCAAAGGGAACUGGGCAGAGAAAUUUAAAGAAGCCAACACUGCUGACAUGCCAUUUCGGUUAAAUAAGAAUGAAAGAAAGACAGUGAAAAUGAUGUAUCAGAAAAACAAAUUUCGUUUGGGGUAUAUCCCUGAAGUGAAGACUCGUGUCUUAGAGCUGCCUUAUGAUGGAGGAGAACUUACUAUGAUCAUCCUGUUACCUGAUGACAUUGAAGAUGAUUCCACUGGACUGCAGAAGCUGGAAAAACAGCUUACCUUGGAGAAGCUCCAGGAAUGGACACAUCCAGACCAUCUAUAUUCUACUGAUGUUCAUGUGCGUUUGCCCAAGUUUAAGCUAGAAGAAAGCUAUGACCUUAAAUCAGAUUUAGCUGCUUUGGGCUUGUUGGAUGUAUUUGACAGUGGUAAGGCUGACUUGUCAGGAAUGUCAGGGGCACGUGACCUCUUUCUCUCUAAAAUUGUCCACAAGGCUUUUGUAGAAGUGAAUGAGGAAGGCACGGAAGCUGCAGCUGCUACUGCUGGCAUUGCUAUGCUCUGCAUGGUUAUGGAAGAGGAUUUCACUGCUGACCAUCCUUUCCUUUUCUUUAUUCGCCACAACCCAAUGCAAAGCAUACUUUUCUUCGGCAGGUAUGCUUCUCCAUAGAAGAGAACAUAGCAUUUGCAGACCAGUUCCUGCAGUAGUCAGUUAAAACUUUGCUCCUGAAUGAGUUGGAUUUUGAUGUAGGAAGUUAAUGCUCCUGUCUUGAGUUCCUAGUAACUUUGACUGAGAUUCUGCCAUUCCCCUUAAAACAAUCCCAGAGAAAGGGAGGAGUAAUUUUUCUUUCUUGAGAUCAAAAUAAUCUUUAAUAAGGAAAUCUUAACUGUAGGCAGAAGAAAUCUUUUGAAAUUUGUCUAGAAAUACUCUUGGAAGAAACUUGUGUCUUUUAAAGCACAGGAUCACUCUGUAUGCAUCUCUGCAUGCGUUUCUCUGUGUUGACAGCCCCUUGUUGUAAUGGUUUAUAAUAAUCCUGUAAUUCCUCAAGCAUGUAUAUUAGGAUGUUCUUGCAAAGCUGUUCUUCCCCCAAAGUCUUGCUUUUCAAAGAUGCUUCCAGGCACCAAAAAGUAUGUUCCUGAACAGCUGAGUAUACCCAGUUCUGUCAUGAAAUAGAAGGUCAGAUAAUGUUUGUUUACAGACAUCUAUUAAUAGAGAAAGGAUUAAGCUAUUAAAAUAAAAGUAACCCCUUCCAGUCAUUAGCCAGAAAAUUUGCAUUACAGCUUUAAAAUGAGGAGGAAAAGGAAUAAGUAAUAACUUUGGGUGGCAUGCUUGAAGAGUAUUUUUAAAAUCUAUAAUGUGGUGCUAUUUUAGUUAUUGAAAAUGUGUCAGGACUUAGAGGUUUUUAGGUGCUUGAAGCCAAUGGGUGCCUUUCUUAUAUUGACAAUAUAUUCUGGCCAGAACCUAUGUGAUCCUCAAAAAAAAUACUUCAGAUUACCAGAGAAUGACUGUGUAUAGUCUGCAACAAAUGUCUGAUGAGUCUCUUUAUGUACAAGGAUUCAAUAUUUACUGAGCUGACUUCCACUACCUCUUCAUACACAAACCUUUUGUACUGUACAAUAGCCUUAUGCCUGGAAGUCAAUGUAAUUACACACUGUUGGUGUUCUGCAUUUAUUUCUGGAGGUUAUUUGCUUUUAUCAUGUGUAUCUUGGGUACUGUAACAUUUACCUCUACAUUCUAUAAUUGCAUAUUAAUUGUAUAUUAAUUUUGUCUUUAAGCCACAAAUAAAAGUCUUUUUCUUAAACUCAUGUUCAAAAUAGAAAUUUCUGCACACAGUUUAGUUUUUCGGAGUAGAAAAACAACUGUCCACCUGAAGGCUAGCUCCAAAGACAACCACUGGUGCAGGAGGUGUGAUCAGCUGUAAGUCCGUGGUCUGUUCAGAGCAGAUGGAAAUACUGAAAAUGAAAUUACUCAAUAGCAGACGUGACUGUGUGAACCAUCAGCUUCCCCUGUAAGUGUAAUAUCCCCAGUUGCUAGCACCUACAGGGUAAAAGGGAGAGAGAGAGUUGUGGUUUACAUGAAAUGACACAAGCACUUGGUCUACACAUUAGUAAACACAUCUGUGUAUUUAGCAAUGCCUCAGCUGCAAAGGCUCUGGCAGGUUUGUAAAGGAAAGCAAGUAUUGCAGUGUGUAGAUGUGACCGUAACCCUUUCUGUACUGACUGACUUGAAAAAAACAAUGCUUUAUAAAUAGGUGAGAAAAAUACUAGCACAAAACCCAUGUAAAAAUUUGGAAUGGUUUGACAUUGCAUUAGUUCUCGGUUUCUGGGCCUUAGUUUUCAGCCUUUUAGCAAAUAAAGCUGCUGCUGCUCUAGAUAGGUUUUGACUAUGUAAGGUUCAAAACUUGAUUGUAAUUAAUUACAUCCUUAUCUUUAUAUGCUCAGACUCAGUCCAUGCAUGCAAGAUAGAUGGCGUCUGAAGGCGUUUAGGGCUGUAAUUAAAAGGAGAUCAGAAGAAAGAUAAAACCUUGCCUAAUAGUACAAAUCAGUGUAGCUUUAUGAGGAGGCACAUCUAUUUCUUUAUUACUUUGGUCCCAGUGUUCAGAAAUUAAACUAUCGUAUUGAGACACAAAGUAAAAUCUCAGCAAUGAGAAUAUCAAUGAAGUUAGCAUUAUUUACUUCACAUCCAAUCAUUAAAAAAAUAACAACAGCAAGCCUACUGGCAAAUAUUCCCUUCCCAUACUUUGUGCUCCACAGUAAGACCACGGUGAGUGUUUUUCCUUAAUACUUUUUUUCCUGUGCUCCUGUCAGAACAAGUGGCUGACAGGAAAAAAAAUGGAAUGCAAACUAUAUUCACAUUUUGAAAAAAUGAAAUGCUGUAUUACCUCAUGCAAAGGACUUCAUAUUUUUAGAACUGUUGUGUUCAAAGCUUGGUUAUUUUUCACACACACAAUAAAAAAAUACUUUCUGUAUAUAAAAUCUUUUGUUUAUAUCAACCUAGGAGACUGCAAGAUUAGAAAGUCAAACUGACUGCCGUUAAACUUCCCAGGAGAGAACUACUUGAGCAUAAACUCUGUUCAAAACCAAUUUGCAACAGGCUGCUGGUUUGACAAGUUGACAUGUGAGUUUCUUCCAGUGGCAGAGAGGAUUAUAACAGCAGAGUUCACGCUCUGAUUUGGCCUUUCCUAAGCAGACCAGCCUUUAUAGCAAUCCAAAACUCAGAGCAAUGUUUGCUCACUGUGGUGCGAUGAGUCAGACUUUGUACUAUUGCUUACAUGGAUUCUUUAUGAGAGCAUUUUAAUUUCAGUAAUUUAAAAAGAAAAAAUGCCACCCACAACUCCUUUCUGUCUGAUUCAUACAGUCUGAGUUGCUCUUCCUAGAAAGUAAAUAAUAGCGUGGAUAAAGAGGACAGUUACCGCUGGGGUUUAAGUCAUCUUCUCUUAGAGAUAAAUUUAUGUAAAUGAGUUAACUCAGAGUGGAUUUAGUAAUAAUUUCACUCUUAAAUGUUUAAAUAUAUUUUUAUAUGACAAAAUCCUGGUGAAGUACAUAAACCUGAUUAAGUCCCCAGAUGUCUUGGAGACAGAUACUUGUCUUGAUGUUUCAUUACGUAGGAAAAGAACCAGUGCAACUCACUUGAACCUGUUGAGAUAAAAAGGUGCAGUUGAAAUCACAAACUGGCUUUUGUUUGGUUGUGGGUUUUUUUAACUGUAGUGAACCUGUCUAGCUCUGUCAUAUCAUCUCAUGGUACCAACUAAAUAAGUAUUCUUAUGCAUAUUCAUUAAAGGGCCUAUGCUGUCUCCGGUUACUUAAUAACAUACCACUAUUAAUAUCAUAUUAUUAAUGUAUUAGUACUUAUUAAGACAGAAACCACAGCCAAAAUCCUGGAGAGCACAGUCUGUCUGGAAACACGCUGAACACAGGCAGUGGCUGCUAGCAAUUC